AUGUCCCAACAAAAUUUUCGUUAUUAUAAUAGUUCUAAUGGUGAAUUUUCACCAACUAUUAUUGAAACAGACGAAACAGAUCAAUAUAAUGAUAGAAUAACACCUAUAUAUUCAUCACCAUCACCAAUAAUUCAUGACGCAUCUAAACCAGGAAGAAGUUGGGUAUGGGAUCACAUGAAGAAAGAUAAACUCAACAAAAAAAUCAAAUGUCUCGUUUGGAGUAAUAUCAAUGAUGUCCUCAAGCAAUAUACGCGUUUUUUUGAACUCAAAACCAGUACAACUAAUUUGGCUGCUCAUCUUCGAGCUGAACAUCGAUUUGACAAAAAUGGAUCUUUAUUACCAUUAAGUGGUGCAACAUCCUCAAUGCGAGUUCAGCUAGAUACCAUAUUAUCAAUACAAUCACAACCAGCUCAACUAGAUCCUUCACAACUAACUUUACAAGAAGUAAUUAAACAUAAAGUACCAUUAUCAAAUGAAAAACAAGAUCAGAUUACUUCUCGUACAUGGAUAGUUAAUGAUAUGCAAUCUUUUAAUGUCUUAAAAAGUGAACGAUUCCAAGACAUUCUAUAUGAAACUGAUUCACGAUUUCAUUAUCCCAGUGAAGAUAUAUUCAAACAGAAAUUACACCAAGCAGUAAACUAUUCAGAGAAUUGUUUAAAAGAUCUCGUUAAUAAUACUUUGGAAUCUUGUCUUUCCAUAGCCAUAUACAUUGAAGAUUGUCUGCACAAAGAACUAGCAAAAUGGGAAUUGAAUGACAAAUGUUUAGCAGGGGUAAUGGAUAAUGCUAGCUCAAUGAUGAAAGCAAUGAGAGAUUUUGAAAUCUUAUAUAUUCAAUGUACUGCUCAUACCAUUCAGCUUGAAGUUAUGGAUGACUUGAAGGAAGUAACUGAUUUAAUUAGCCACGCAAAAGCUCUGAAUGCAUUUCUUGCUGGAAGAGAUAAAUACUGA